UACUUCAAAGGUUAUGACCGGAAGCAAAAGUACGACGCCUCGCGCUUGCCCUGUGGACAGAUUUGGAUGGAUUUGCUGCUGAACUAGAAAGUUUGUAACACAAUCUGAGGAGACUUUGGAGGCCUGCGGUUUAACAAGCUAUGCAUUUCCAGGAGUGGUUACGGUCACUCCGUUCCAGCGCUGGACUCAAAGGAUCGGAAACUGAGGACCUCUGGAAUCUUCUGCCGUCUCUGCCUCUGUCGUCCUUCUCUCUGUCUUCCCUCAAUCUGUCCCCCGUCUCUCUGCUGGGUUUAGGAGCUCUUGCCUCUCUCACUGCGUACUGGCUGGUGACCCGUCCUCGGCCCAUGCGUCCUCCUUGUGAUCUCCAGGCCCAGUCUGUAGCUGUCAAUGGAGAUCCAAGCUGCAGGCGAUCGGCUCUUCUUACAGAUGAUUCACUGCUGGAGUUUUACUACGAUGACACCAGGACGGCCUACGACAUGUUCCAGCGAGGCCUGAGGAUAGCAGGAAAUGGCCCGUGUCUGGGCUUCAGAAAGCCAGAGCAGCCCUACGAGUGGAUCCCCUACACUGAGGUGGCGGAGCGGGCGCAGGUGCUAGGCUCAGGGCUGCUGGCUAAAGGCUGCCAGCCCAACCCGCAGCAGUUUGUCGGGAUAUUUGCACAAAACAGACCAGAGUGGAUUAUCUCAGAGCUGGCCUGCUACACCUACUCCAUGGCCGUGGUGCCGCUGUAUGAAACGCUGGGGCUGGAGGCCAUGGUCCACAUCCUCAACCUGGCUGAGAUCUCUCUGGUGAUCUGUGACCGGGAGGAGAAAGCCGCGGCUCUGUUGGAGAACAAGGAGAGAGGCGUGACUCCGACGCUCUCCUGCCUGGUUCUCUUUGAUGAUUUCAGCGAGGCCUUUGUGCAGAGGGCAGAGAAUUGUGAGGUGGAGGUUUUGAAACUGGAGCAGCUCAUGGACCUGGGCAGGCAGAACCUCAAAGAUCCUGUGCCGCCCCAGCCUCAGGAUCUGGCUGUGGUUUGCUUCACCAGUGGAACCACAGGGAAGCCCAAGGGAGCCAUGAUCACCCACGGCAACAUCGCCUCCAACACUUCCUCUGUCAUUAAGAUCCUGGAGGGUUCGUUUGUGAUCCGGCAGGAGGAUGUGUCGAUCUCAUACCUGCCACUUGCCCACAUGUUUGAAAGGAUGAUUCAGGUCUCCAUGUUCUGCCAUGGGGCCAGAGUAGGAUUCUACCAGGGCGACAUUUCUCUUCUCAUGGAUGACAUUAAAACUCUAAAGCCGACCUUCUUCCCUGUCGUCCCUCGCUUACUCAAUCGCAUCUAUGACAAGAUCCUGGGUUCGGUGACCUCUCCUUUGCGUCGAGCUUUGCUCCACUAUGCUGUGAAGAGAAAACAGGCGGAGCUCAGCAGCGGCAUUGUGCGAAACAACAGUCUGUGGGACAAACUGGUGUUCAACAGGAUCCAGGCCAACUUAGGGGGAAAUCUGCGGUUUGCCCUGACGGCUUCAGCACCCAUCUCCCCCACGGUGCUGUCCUUUCUAAGAGCCACGCUGGGCUGUCUGAUCUUUGAGGGUUAUGGACAGACAGAGUGCACCGCAGGCUGUACUUUCUCUAUGCCAGGAGACUGGAUCGCAGGUCAUGUUGGUGCUCCUCUGCCCUGUGCCAUGGUGAAGCUGGUAGACAUCCCCGACAUGAACUACUAUGCUAAGAACGGAGACGGAGAGAUCUGUAUCCGUGGGCCCAGUGUGUUCAGAGGUUACCUGAAGGACCCAGAAAAGACGGCUGAGGCCUUGGACAGUGACGGCUGGCUGCACAGUGGGGAUGUGGGCCAGUGGCUCCCAAACGGGACACUCCGCAUCAUUGACAGGAAGAAGCACAUCUUCAAGUUGUCCCAGGGAGAGUACAUUGCUCCAGAGAAGAUUGAAAAUGUCUACAUGCGUUGUGUUCCUGUGCUGCAGGUGUUUGUGCACGGAGAUAGUUUACAGUCUUUUCUAAUAGGCAUAGUUGUGCCUGAUCCUGAAGUAUUUGUCGACUGGGUAAAAGAGCGAGGAAUUGUGGGAUCAUAUGAAGAGCUGUGCCAGAAUCAUGAUGUAAAGAAGGAAGUAUUAGAGGACAUGAGAGCUGUCGGGAAGGAAGCAGGGUUAAAGUCCUUAGAACAAGUAAAGGACCUUUACCUGCACCCAGAGGCGUUCAGUAUCGCCAACGGCCUUCUCACCCCAACGCUAAAAAGUAGACGUGCAGACAUCCGCAGAGUCUUCCAGGAACAAAUAUCCAACAUGUACAGCAAGACGGCCAUAUAAAGGACUCUAUUCAGUAAACAACACAUAGAGGCUUCUGUUGUCGAAGAAAAGAAACAUGGGACAUGGACCUGGGAGCAGAAAAAUCACUUAACGUCUAGCAGUGCCUUAUCUCAUACUUGGGUAUAUUUUGGGAUAUCGAUGAAGUUUUACCUCACAUCCACCUCUUGCACAAAAUGUUUUAACUCUUCACAUAACAGGUUAGACCAAUGCAACCCAACCACAUCUCCUUUUUUUAUUCCAAUGUCACUGUUGUCUUUGACACUAAUUCAGAGUUUAGAGUCACGACUUGGUUUACUGAUAAAUCGUUUCUCUUUUUUAACCUUCACCUAAAGUUACAUUUUUUAAACUAACGAGGGUUUUAACCAGCAAUGAUUUGUAUAAACAAAAAUGUCUGAACUGUAUAUAUUGCUUAUACUGAGAUUGUUGACAGGACACUACUUAUUCCAGUGAUGUGAAACUAAACAGAAAUAAAGGUUAGUUACAGAAAA